CGCCGGCGGUCUGAGCGCUGCGAUCGCGACCCGGGCGAGGCUGCUGGGGCGGGGCGCGGACCGCGGGAGCCGCGGAGACUGUGGCCUGGCGCCGAGGUUCUCAAUAAGGCUGCACAGAGGAGCCCCCUAACUGUGGCAAUGGAGGGGGGCCCAGCAGUCUGCUGCCAGGACCCCCGGGCAGACUUGGUGGAGCGAGUGGCAGCCAUUGAUGUGGCCCACCUAGAGGAGGCAGGUGGUGGCCCAGAGCCUGCCAGAAAUGGUGUGGACCCUCUGCCAAGGACCAGAGCUGCCUCCGUGAUCCCUGGUGGUGUUUCAAGAACCCCCCUAGUCCGGCCCAGCCUCUCAGCUAGGAAGUUCUCCCUGCAAGAGCGGCCAGCAGGAAGCUGCCUGGAGGCCCAGGGUGGGCCUUACGCCACUGGGCCUGCCAGCCACAUCUCCCCACGGGCCUGGCGGAGGCCCACCAUUGAGUCUCACCAUGUGGCCAUCUCAGAUGCAGAGGACUGUGUGCAGCUGAACCAGUACAAGCUACAGAGUGAGAUUGGCAAGGGUGCCUACGGCGUGGUGAGGCUGGCCUACAACGAAAGUGAAGACAGGCACUAUGCAAUGAAAGUUCUUUCCAAAAAGAAGUUACUGAAGCAGUAUGGCUUUCCACGUCGCCCUCCCCCCAGAGGGUCCCAAGCCACCUCAGGAGGAUCAGCCAAGCAGCUACUGCCUCUUGAGCGCGUGUACCAGGAGAUUGCCAUACUGAAGAAGCUGGACCAUGUGAAUGUGGUCAAGUUGAUUGAGGUUUUGGAUGACCCAGCUGAGGACAAUCUCUAUUUGGUGUUUGACCUCCUGAGAAAGGGGCCAGUCAUGGAGGUGCCCAGUGACAAACCCUUCCCGGAGGAGCAAGCUCGUCUCUACCUGCGGGACAUCAUCCUGGGCCUUGAGUACUUGCAUUGCCAGAAGAUCAUCCACCGAGAUAUCAAGCCGUCUAACCUGCUCCUGGGAGACGAUGGGCACGUGAAGAUUGCCGACUUUGGCGUUAGCAACCAGUUUGAGGGGAACGAUGCUCAGCUGUCCAGUACAGCCGGGACUCCAGCAUUCAUGGCACCUGAAGCCAUUUCUGAUUCCGGCCAGAGCUUCAGUGGGAAGGCCUUGGAUGUAUGGGCCACCGGGGUCACGUUAUACUGCUUUGUCUAUGGAAAGUGCCCAUUCAUCGAUGAUUACAUCCUGGCCCUGCAUAGGAAGAUCAAGAAUGAGGCCGUGGUGUUUCCUGAGGAGCCAGAGGUCAGUGAGGAGCUCAAGGACCUAAUCCUGAAGAUGCUAGACAAAAAUCCUGAAACAAGGAUUGGGGUGCCAGACAUCAAGGUGCACCCCUGGGUGACCAAGGGUGGGGAGGAGCCCCUUCCCUCGGAGGAGGAGCACUGCAGUGUGGUGGAGGUGACGGAAGAGGAGGUGAAGAAUUCAAUCAAGCUCAUCCCCAGCUGGACUACAGUGAUCCUGGUUAAGUCCAUGCUGAGAAAGCGUUCCUUUGGGAAUCCAUUUGAACCCCAAGCUCGGAAGGAAGAGCGAUCUAUGUCUGCUCCAGGAAAUUUACUGUCGAAAGACAGGUGUGGUGAAGGGGGCAAGAGCCUGGAGCUCCCCGGCGUCCAAGAAGAUGAGGCUGCAUCCUGAGCCCCUGCAUGCGCCCAGGGCCGCCGACAGCACGCUCAUCCCACGCCUCCAAAGGCCCACUGCCCUCAUGCCGACAGCCGCCCCUGCGGCAGGGGGCUGAGGACUGUGGCCCCUCUCCCGGCCCUCCUCCUUCUGUCAUGCUGCAUGACCUCAGCGCACAAGUCCAGAGACAGGAUUGGAAUGUUCAUCAUCUGGGGUUUGGGGGUGCAGGGCUCCCGUGAGGCCUUCCUCCUUACCCUGGCUCCCCCUGGUGGGACCCAUCCUGUGGGAAAGAGAGGUGCCCAUUGUACCUUAGAAACCCUACCUGGCUGGUUGGCAAGGCAGGAGGUAGGAAACCAAGCUCGCAGGUGGAGGCCUGGUUUACCACCACGCAGAUACCUCCCACUGGGGGCCAGGCCGGCCUGGUUCAGUUGCCUCAUGCACAUGGAGGGCUGUACCGUGCCCACCUCAUGGGGGGUCCUGCCAGAGCUCUUGUCUACUAAGAAUGCUGAUGUGGAGGCUCAGAGCCCUCAGGGGGUAUUUGUGGGCCUCACUGAGGCAGGGGCCAGCAUUAGAGAAGUCAAGAUUCCUUUUUGGUUGUCGUUUACUUUGAACAUUGUGGCAGGGGCAGAGUGGUGGUGGUAUUAAAGGCCUGCUUGGGAAUGUCUAAAAAGCUCUCCUACAGCUUUAGGUGGUUCCCAGCACACUAAUCAUCAUUUGGCAGCCAGAUGAGGUAGACUAAGUUUCCUUAAUUGUUUCACACUCAGCACCAUCUGGAGAAAUGGGUUAAAUGAAAGCUCUGGGCAGAGGCCUGAGCCGGGAACACCCACCUUCUUUGCCCACUUUACUCCUUCCCCGCGUGGCUCCCCUGUAGAAGAGACACCAGGGGCUGGCCAACCAAGGGCCCUAGACUCACAGGGCUGUGGCCCAGUAGAUGCUGAAGUAACUGGAAUCCAAUCUCUGAUCCUACACUGGCCUGCCCAUCUGGCCCCAGGAGCCAUCCUCGCAUUCCUACAAUGAAGGACAAACUGCCCAGGUUGGAGGCAGCACUGGAAGCGGAACCCUGGUGGGGUGUGCAUGCUGGCAAGUGGCCACAGAGAGGUGCACCUCCUGCCACUGCCUCACCCCAAGACAGCUGACAUUUGGCCUGCUCGGAGCUGGUGUGCUGGAGCAUGUGUGUGGACCUGGCCAUGUUGGGGCAGACUUCAUCUUCUCCCUGGGAUCCAUGCCUGGCUGGCUUGGCAUUUACUGACCAAAUGCUCAAGAGAUUGAAUCCCAAAGGAAAAUAAAGUAGGCCUCAGAUACCUCCCCUGAAAACAUGGGCCAAAAAAGGGAUUUCAGUUGCCUUUGUGGGGUUCCUACUGCAGGAAGGCUGGUGCUGAAAAGGAAAGGGAGGCUGGGCUGUAGGAGCAUCUGUGUCCUGCUCAUCCUUGUGCCUGUGGGUAUAUGUCGCACCUCCACGCACAUGCAUAUGCGUGUCCAUCUGCUGCACACAGCACACUGCAUGUCUUGCACUGGCACAUGCAUCUGUAAUAUAGUUUCUAUGUGUCUUUAAGUCUAUGAACAGAAUGUGGCCCAUUAUCAAUGGGCCCACCUUUCUCCCUGGCUCCUUUACACUGAGGCAUUGUAACCUAAUUAAAAAUAAUAAUUAAAAAUAAUUAAUUAUGUAAAUAAAAAAUAACUCGGUACUGUUUUUAAGAACACUUUUUUAGAGUUCACAGGAAGCUAAUCACAGAUCCACAAGUUUCCUUGAGCAUCUCUACACUGGGGCCUGGAGGGUGGGAGUUACAAGGGGCUACAUCAAUUGGGCCUGCCCUCGCAGACUUCAAAGGUGGGCCUUGGCUUCAUUGCCCAUGUCAGAGUCUGGAUGGGGUACUCACCCCAUCACUGAGGGUCUUGGUUGGCAUUAUUGGUUUUUGUAUUUUUUUGGCAUUAUUGUUUUUGAAUGUAGCACAAGUGAUGAACAAACUCCGUAAGAGUGUUUUAAAAAUUAACUUCCCAGGAAGUGAGUUUAAAAAACAAUAAAAGCCCUUU